AUGCACUUUUGCGAACAAGCAUUUUGUCUCCUGAUUACGGUGAUUAUAUUAUGUGGGGCCCUUGAGGUAAAUAUCGAAGGAUGUGUGAAAGAUUGCGAGAAAAAAUUCGUGAAAUAUCCAGUUUUCUGCGAAACGAAAUGUCUUCAGGAGUAUCUUGGCUCCCACGUGAAAAAAGCCAUUGAAAAGUUUGAAAGUGCUGGUGGUUUGCGAAAACUAGCAGCACCAAGUCUGGUUGAAGCUGGGUGGCAGAAAAUACGAGUGCAAUUCAAUACAACAGAGCUGAAGAACCACAGUGAAGUUGAUUAUAUCUUAGAAGUUAAGCCAUUAUGGGGUCGUCAAGAGAGAGGCCAGUACUUUGUUGUAUUUCCUUACACAAAGAAAUACUUCCUUACCAAUCAUACAAAAUAUACAAUUGAAGACCUUGAACCGAAUACUGGUUAUAGAGUCAGAGUGAUUGCCCUAAAACGUGACGGAUCGUCAACAUUUAGUUUCUGGAGUAGUAACAUAAAUACAACAGAACUUUGUGAAAAACCUCCGUGUGGUGUGACGAAUAUACGCUUGGAAUUGACGACAGAGAUACCUAGUUAUCACACAGGUCCAAAGAGUGUUGAUAUAGGAUCUAUUUUUCAUUGGACCCCAAGUACUACGUAUGAAUACGGCCAGGUGGUUAACAUAAGGACCGAGUUGAACGCGACUUUCGAAAGAGACACAUCAAAGACUGCUACUGGGUAUUUUACUUGGAGUGAUAAAAUGUGGAGAAAUGGGAACAAUUUGACGUACUUACAGUUCAAAUUAUCUAACUCUGAUGCCGAGGAGGUUUUAUACAAAAAAUUUUACAACGCAUCAUCUAAGGUUUUUCAACAUAACGCAACAGUUUCUAAAUUAAACAUUGAAGAUACACAAUAUUGGAUAUUGAUUACUGGAUAUACGAAUCACCACUGUGAAUUUAAAAAGAGGCAUUCUGUGUCGUUUAAAAUUUAUCUUCCAUGCGAGAACUACACCUGUGCCAAAGCAAAUAGCACCUGUCAUCGUGUAAGUAACUUUGGGUCGAAGGCUGAAUGCAGAUGUAACAACGGUUUUGUUGAGAGUGGAAAUAAAUGCAUUAGAGAUAAAAAUCCAUGUGAAAUAAACCCUUGUGGGGCAAAUGAGAAAUGUAUACCGAAUCAGGAGGGAGGACGUCUUUGUGUAGAAAAAGAGGAAAAGGUGGCAAGUAACACAGGCGUUAAUUUAUUUGCUGCAGUUUUUACACCGGUCGCUGUGAUUGUAAUUGCUGUAUUCCUCAUUGUUUGCUUAAGAAGACGUCACAGGAGGCAAAUGACUUUUAUAGAAAAGGAAUUUGAAUGUGCUAUGGUUGCUAUGAAUUUAGAUAGAACCAUCGAUGUAAGAUCUGUUGACCCGGAGAUUUUGAGAACCGAGGCGGACGGAAGAGUGAUGAAUUUGAUUUACGUUUCCCAAGACAACAUUUACGAGAUUCCAGAAUAUAUAUUGGAGCCGAUUAGUCGAUAUGAACUUCCUCCCGAUUCUGUGCGAUUUCACAAAAUGAUUGGCAAAGGAGCGUUUGGCAGAGUAUACGCUGGUGAAGCCCAUGGAAUUAACGGCAAUCCUGAAGUGACAGCAGUUGCGAUAAAAACACUAAAAGAAUCUGCCAAUGAAGAAGACCUCAGCAAUUUUUUACGGGAAAUCGAUUUAAUGAAAGACCUUGGAGGACAUGAAAAUGUCAUUAAUAUGUACGGUUGCUGCACAAAGUGUCGUCCAAUAUGCCUAGUCUUGGAAUACGCCCCAGGUGGAAAUUUGCUUAAUCAUCUGAGAGCUCUUAAAAAGAAGUGUAACGAUAUCGUAGCUGCGCGCACAGACAAUGUGACAAACUCCAACAAGGAGAAGGGAUACUUCCAGAAUGCCAGAAAGCUCGGUAAAAACCCAGAAGACUCGGAAUCUUCUUUACUUCUACGAAAAAGCCACGAAAAACAAGAGGAAGUCGAAAGAAUAAAGCAAGAUGAAUAUACAAAUGCAGAGAUCUCGAUCAGAGUAAAAGAGGAAAUCCGAGCUGCUUUGGAUUCAAAAGAGCUGGAGUCAUUUUCGCAUCAAAUUGCUGUCGGAAUGAGGCAUAUCUCGGACCAUGGCAUUGUUCAUCGUGACUUGGCCGCAAGAAAUAUACUACUUGGGAAAAACAAAAUUUUAAAAAUAUCAGAUUUUGGUUUGUCACGUGAAGGAGCAUACGUGCAAAAAUCUAUCGGGAAAAUUCCUUUCCGGUGGUUGGCAAUUGAAGCGAUACAAGAACGAAGUUAUUCUACCGCCAGUGACGUAUGGGCGUUUGGAGUUGUUUUGUGGGAAAUAUGUACAUUGGGGAACAUGCCUUACUCAGCGGUCUCGGAUCGGGACCUUGAGAAAUUCCUAGUAAGUGGAAAGAGAUUGGAGAAGGUGGAAAACUGCACGGAUGAUAUAUAUCAGAUAAUGUCAAAAUGCUGGAGUCAUCUACCAAAAGACAGACCAACAUUUAAGGAGCUGUCCAAUACAUUGGGAGAACUUCGAAAUACUGGGCGUAUUUACGUCAAUUUAGACAGUCUAAUGGAACAGUCCAUUAAAAAGGAAGAUCAUGAGAAUUCUGAAGAAAUAGACAAGGACAAAAGCAGCGAUGAUGAAAGUUGCGAUAAAGCUGAGUGAAACAACAAGUGAAACUGGGUGAAAACGAGCUUAAAAGAGACACAUUUUAUACAAUUACAGACAAUUAUAUUGUUGUAAACAUGCACAAACAAUAGAAACUCAAGAUUAUAUAGAUCUAAAAUUACCAUAAAACAAACCAAGUG